CUGCACUGUUCUCCCAUCUCGUGACAGUCAAAAAAGGAAAAAAGAAAAAAGAAAAAAAAGAAUAGGUGAAUACUGGUGUUUCGCUGAUUUGCUUUUUGCACCCUGGCCCGUCCUGCAUCAUUGGCCCCUUUCGAGCCCAGAGUUGCGUAUGGGAGCAGGGAUGACGCUGCCGCGAUGUCCCCUGUGAGCCCUGCACAGGAAUAUUUCCCGGGCUUGAGGGACGUGAGGCUCUGCUCGAUGGCUCUCCAAUCAUCAUCUGCCCUCUUCUCUCCCUCUCUUCUCUUUUCUUUUUUUCGCAAGGAGUAUCAUCGUCGAGACGAGAAGAAGGGGGCGAACGCCUCCACAUCCAAUCCCAUGCUCGGACUUUGCAAACCGCAGAUUUCAUUUCAUCACGGAUACUGCAGGCUUACCCGUAUCAGGAAAAACGUAUGCUGUCUUCCCCCCAGUGGGCCGUUGACCCGUGUAUUGGGUCAGGCAAUAUGUAUGGCCUUUUUUUGCUUUUUUCUGCCUCCAUAACAAAGCAUUUAUUACGGAGUACCGAGUCCAUACUCAUCGGCACGGGUGACCGCGCCUCCUUCACUAUGUACCCCGGUGGAUCGAUCGCUCAAUGCUUGCUUGCAUUACUCGUGGAGAGCUUCCACCCGUUUCGUUUCUAGAUAUAAGUAUAUAUUACUUUCUGAUCGCCGUCAAAGAGGGACCCAUCCUCUCUCUUCUUGUAUUUCAUUUUGUUGUCUAUCAUACUUGAGCGCCCAUUUAACUCAAGAUUAAUUGUUGAACUCACGCUUUCCUUCUUUUGAGCAUACGUUGUCCACGAUUCCCUAUGCUCCCGUUGCUUCGCCGCACGGCAUUAACAUAGCUUGCCGUCCAGUGACUGCGCCAUCGACCGCCCGGUUGUCUGCCUUGCAGUACUUAAUCGCCCUUCAGAAAGAUCCCACUAAUUCGCCCGGUGCAAGAUGAAUUCCCUGGCGUAUUCACUCUUUAGUGACCUGCCGCAGGUUCCUGUCCCUGAACAGCAACAUUUUGACGAAUUCGACCUCGCCAUCAUGAGUCCGGAAGACAUCCUGACCGACUCGACAGAUUAUCUUUGCGGAGCCGGAGCAUCAGACCUAGCAAGCACUGCGGAUCUGACAAGACCUGCAAGAGUGGAGCAGCGCAUAUCAAGCUUGGAGAAAUUCAUCACAGACAGCCACUCGUACCCUUCACUUGACACCGACCUACACGGCGCUCAUUACCUUCCCAUGGGGAAUACUACGCCGCCGCUGCCCUCUCAAACUCGCACCAUCAGAUACGCAUCUCCUUCCGGUUCACAGGGAGGAGACGGAUCAGCUACGGGUUCACUGAUGAGCGACCAUUCGUGGAUGAGAGCCCCAAACCACCCACACAGCGCAGCUCCGUCACCCUUGCUCGACAGUCUUCAGUUCAACAACCUUCUCAGUCCCGCUUCGUUUAUUCACCCUAUGGAGGAGUCAUACUGCAGCAGUGAAUAUUCCGUCAACCCCAACCACUUGCAGCACUAUCCGGAUCUGAAUCAGCAGAUCAACAGCCCAGUUCCGGAAGACGCUCCCAUCGCGUCCUUUGAUGAGCCUAUGCACUACGAGCAUAGUCAGACACAGUACAUGCCCCCGUACCUAGGCCAUGAUACUCAUUUCGCGUAUGGCAGUCCGCAAUUCGAAGCACAGCAGGAUAUCGACCCUUUCCUAGACCAGCCCCCCGAAGUGAAGGAGCCGAACGAGGUGGUCGUCGAGCCGCCACGAAAGCGAAUAAGACGUGCAGAACCACAGGAUUCCCAUCCAACGCUUCGCAGAGAAGCUCGUCGGGAGUCUUCGAGGAGAAAGAAUAAUCAAGUCACAAAUCAUUCCAAACUCGGACAGUCCUCUGCCAGGCGUGGUACGAAGCAUGGAGGAAAACACCUUGCCAGCAAACCCCCAUCCUCCGCGUCCCGAAAGAAAGCCGGGCGUCAGUACCCUUGUGUGUUCGCACCAUACGGUUGCAAGGUUUCUUUUGUCUCAAAGAACGAAUGGAAGCGACAUGUCGUGAGCCAGCACCUGCAACUCGGCUUCUACCGCUGCGAUGUCGACAACUGCAAAGUCUUAUCAUCCACCAAGAACUCAUCCGAGUCCAUCGCAUUACCGGACUCUACCUCUUUCAAUCCAUGCUCGGUUAACACCGCGACGCGACCCCCGAAGCGCUUCAACCGCAAGGACCUUUUCAUCCAGCACCUACGCCGCAUGCACGCCCCCGGCCGUGUCCCCGGCUCCACAACCUCCUCUAGCAAGCCUGUCGCGCCUCGGCCCAGCAAGCACACCAGCGACGCUUUUGAGGCCUCUCUGAAGGCGGUCUGCCGACGCUGCUGGGUCCAGCAACGCACGAGUCCACAAUACAGUCAGUGCACGUAUUGCUCUGCGGAGUUCAAGGGGGCUGGGUGCUGGGAGGCCAGGAUGGAGCAUGUGAGCAAGCAUUGUGAGAACGGACAUGCCGAGAUUAGAGAAGAUAUUGGAUUGAGGGAAUGGGCGGAGAGAGAGGGGAUUAUGUGGAUGGCGCAGGACGGACAGUGGGAGUUGGCGACGGGAGAGAAAGGUGGGCAGAGAGGCGGUGGUAUGGGCACAAUGGUGUUUUUCCAGAACUGA